CAAAGAUGAAUAUUGAAAAUGCAACAGAUGCACGAGACCUGGUCCUGACAUGCUACAUCUGUGACGACCAGUACACUGGCGACCGAAUAGAGCUGCAUAUUAAGGAGUGAGAGAACGAUUGGAAUUAUGAAGAAAUAGAUAAACCUGUUAAUGAAAGAAUACCUUUGCCCAAGCCCACCCGUGAAUUCUUAAAGCUAUUUGAGAAAGCCAAGGAGCUUUUUCAGAGCAAAAUAGAGUUCUAUGACAAUGAAAGCUCCAAAGAAGAGACAGAUAAUGAGACUAGUGAAGAAGACGAAGAGGAAGAAGAGGAAAGUGAGGAAGAACCUGAAGAAAUCAGUGAGAAGGAAAAUAAACAGGAGAGUAGUGAUAAGCCUCCUAAGUUAACACAUAACGAGAGUGAUAGUAAUAUAGAGAACUCUUUGAUACCAUGUCCUAAUUGUAAACGAACUUUUUUCGCAGAUCGGCUUACUAUUCAUUUGAAAUCUUGUAAGCCAGGAAAGUCUAUGGGAGGUACGCAGAGGAAGAAACCUGCAUACCAGCCACCCAAAUUGAAAAAUAAGAAGACUUGGAAACCUCCCAGCGAUCAUGAAUCGGACGAAGAGAAGAUUAAUCAUAAUAAAGACGUUGAAGAAAAAGGCUACACCAAUUCAAACAAAUCAAAAAGAAAAGCUCCUGGGAGAUUGACCACAUAUGAUAAAUUCGAUAAAGAGGGCUUACCAUCAGAUACAAAGGCAAGCCAAGACCUAUCCUCGACGAAAAAGUCUAUGAAAAAGCCUAAGGGCCAAAAAGAACUCACAACAAACACUGUUACCACUUUCUCCCGUAUGGAAGAAGACCCUGAGCAGAGGAACUCAGAAUUCAAUGACAUCUAUGGUGCUGCUGAGGAAGAUAGCCGUGUCCCCUGCAAAAACUGCGGGAGGAAAUUCAAUCCUGACAGACUUCCUAUACAUCAGAAAUCCUGCAACAAUAUGAAAAAACGAAGUGUGUUUAACAGUCAAAAGAAGAGAGCAGCUGAUGGGACAAUGGGCAUCCCUGGCCAGAAGAAGCAACAGCCUAAAAAGAAAGCAAAGAAGGAACAACCACUAGGAAAAAAAGCUAAGUGGAAAAGAGAUCACGAAGAUCUAGUAAAAGCUAUUAAGAUGUCAAGAAUGAUUAAGAAAGUACAAGAUGAAGGAGGAGAUAUUACGAAGAUUCCGGUAGCCCCUCCUUCUAAAAAUGAAGAUUACGUAGAAUGACAGUAUUGAUAUAGAAGAUAUGCUCCAAUGGUUGCUGAAAGACAUAUCCCAAAAUGAAAGACUAUGAUUAAUAGGCCAAAGCCCCCUCCUCAUAUCUUAAAGAGACUGAAAGAGGAAGAAGAGAGAAAGAAAGCAAAGAAAGCUAAAAGAAAGAAGUUUCAUAACCAGACGUAUUAUAAGGAUACCAAAAAUAUGACUGCAAAUAAUUUUGUGAAAGAUCUUAACCCAGAGACCAAAUCUGAAUCUCAUCACACUCAAUAUCCGUUUAAGCCAACUCUGAAUAAGAUAAAGGAAGAGAAUGAAGAUAAUGAACAACCUUAUGCUUCAGGUAAGAAGCCGCCAAGACAUUUGGACUUUCAUCCAAAGAGAGGAAAGAGUGUCAUCAACAAAGCCAUGAACUCUAAUGGGUUUUCAAGAUCAGGAAUCAACAAUAGUACUUCUUACCAGAGCAAUUUCAAUGAUGCAGCUUUCUCGACUUCUUCAUCUAAGAAUUUUCUGAAUAGUCCUCAUCAUUCAACUAUUGAAAGCAGGAAGGCAGCUAAGAGAGCAGAUAGUUUGGUAGCAAGAAGUGCUACCUACUCUAACGUUCCUUGCCCACAUUGAGACAGAAAGUUCUCUCAAGCCGCUGCUGAGAGACAUGUUCCGAUCUGUCAGUCAAUCAUUGCAAAGCCGAUAGGACUAAGAAAGUCUUCUAGCAAGAGAACUAGUGUCCAACUGCCGCAUCUAUCGCAAACGAGUUACAAGCAAGGAGGUUUUGAGAGUAGUCUUAUGAACAACACCUCGUCAACCUUCCGGUCGACAGAGGGUAAAUUCCAUAAGAAUUUCCAAAAUGCUGGCUUGCCUCCAACCCACAAGAGCAGUGCUAAAAGUGCUGGAUUAGGCAGGGCCAAGAACAACUUUCAGAUAAAAAGAGCCUUCUGUUCAUGCUGCGGUGAUAAAUUUAGAAACAGAGAUAAGUUCUGUUCCUCUUGUGGAGAGAAAAGGAUUAUAUAAUGGGCUCCUUUCAAACGCAGAGGCUUAAGUAAAUAACUAGUCAGUAUAAAGC